GCGCCAUGAAAUUCGCAAUUAAAUUCACGCGCAGAUAGGAAGGAACGUGUGUCAGAUAAUGAGUGAGACAAUCGGUCGGUGUUAUACGAGCGAGAAAGCGGGAGGCUUUUGGGGGGGAUUCGACGAUUGUGCUAUUCGUUGAUUUUCAUGCUUCUGGCGCCGAAGUGUAUACCCAUUGUAGGAACGAGAGUGACUCGUGAGCGAGAGAGGGAGAGCCGGACAAACUUACUCGUUUUUUCCACUUCUCGCAUCGAGUCGUUUUUAACGUUUAAUGUUUGUUUGCCAGUCAGUGAGUCUGAGAUAGGAGGAGAGUGUGCACGAGACUCUCGGGUUUAUUGGCACUGGAGAAACGUCACGUUGAUAAGUGCAAUGGAAAUCGUGACGAAGUAACGAGCUCGAUUUUCGCGAGGAAAAUAUCACGGGGGUAGUCGAAAAUCGAGAAAAAUUUUGUCCAGUAUUUCGAAAUCGUUUCAACGAAACGCGCAAAUUCGCUCAAACUCUCCAACAUGAUUACUGCCCAUUACCCGGCGACCUUUCGCUCUCUCGUCUCGUUUCCCAAUCCUCAUCCAUAAUCCCUCGAGUGGAGUAAACCUUAUGGACCUUCGGUUUUUUCUUCUCUUUCGUCUCGCGCUGUACGCACGAUUCACGAUCGACUCUCGCCGCCUCCGAGGACAGUAAACUCAACGGGUUUUCACGCAGUCUCGCGAUCUCGCGCUCCUCUAAAAUACUCGCGCAUGCGCGUGCUUUUUAAAUAUUCUCGCGGCUUUUCCUCCCGUGCUACAAACAACGGGGUUUCGACUCGCAUUUGCACUUGCUAAUUUUCACCGAAAGGAGAUCAACCGUGAAGCAAAUUUAACUCGAUUUUCGGCUGCUUCCUUCAAUCUCUACUCCAAUCCGGUCAUUUGUAUUUACGUUUCUAUUCGACCGUUUACCAUUGACGAGUGCGCAUUAAAUCCAUCAUCCAUGAUGAGCGAGCACAGCGAAGCGGUGGAAGCGAAGCUCGACUCGAGUCCCGAGGAGAAAAAACGUCAGCGAAGGAAAGGAAUGAUUUAUCAAAUGGGGAUGAGCAUAUUGGCCAACAUCUCGGUCAUCGGACCAGCGAUGGGCUUCGGAUACAGCGCCGUUGUACUUCCAACGCUUCAGUCGGCGGACAGUGAACUGAAGAUCGACCCUCGCCAGGCUUCGUGGAUAGCGAGCGCAGCCGCGAUCGGGACGCCUCUGGGAUGUUUGUUGUGCAGUUUUGUAAUGAGGCGGGGCCGGAAAAUCAGUCUUCUGGUGACGUCGAGUUUCUCUUUGGCUGGUUGGCUCGUGAUUUACAUGUCCUCGAGUUACGCUCAGAUCGUGGUCGGGCGCUUUAUUGGGGGAAUCGCGACCGGUUUGGCGGCGGUUCCAGCGACGGUUUACUCGGCGGAGGUUGCGUCACCGAAGUGGCGAGGGACGCUGGCGACGUGGAGCAGCAUCGCGAUCGCGACUGGGAUUCUCAUAGUCUACAUUUUCGGCUACUUGCUCCAGGACAACUGGAGGCUCAUCGCGCUCCUCUGCUCUCUCUUCCCGACCGCGGCGAUCGGCGUGACCCUCCUCGUCAUACCGGAAUCCCCGAUAUGGCUGAAGGAGACCGGCCGGACGGAGGAGGCCCGGGCGAUCAUGAAGAAGUUCCGGGGCAUCCCGGCAGCGGCUCCGACCCCCCCGGAACUCGAGGCGGAGCUGCACAAGAAGCAGCAUCCGAAGAAGAAACCGAUGCUGAGACACCUGCUGAGACGAUCGUCGAUCGUCCCGUUCGCGAUAAUCGUAACUUACUUUUUCUUCCAACAGUUUUCCGGGAUUUUCGUAAUAGUUUAUUACGCCGUUGAGAUCAGCAGGGACGCCGGCGUUAAAAUGGACGCCUAUUUAGGCGCGAUCCUCAUCGGGACCACCAGACUCUUCGGGUCCCUUCUCGCCGCCUCGGUUUCACGGAGGUUCGGACGAAGAUGGCCUUCCAUAAUCUCCGGCAUUGGAAUGAGCCUCUUCAUGGGCUCUCUGUCGAUUUAUCUUUUCGCGAUCGAUCGCGGCUACGAGCUCGGCGACAACGGCCUCGUCCCCGUAAUCUGCGUUCUCAUGUUCAUCUUCAUGAGCACCAUCGGCUUCCUCGUCCUCCCGUUCGCCAUGAUCGGCGAAAUCUUCCCCGCCAAGGUCAAAGACAUACUCUCCGGAGCGACGACCUCCUUGGCCUACGUCUUCAGCUUCGUCACCGUCAAAACCUACCCCGACAUGCUCAGCCUCGCCGGCAAGCACGGGGUCUUCUGCUUCUACGCCACCGUCUCCCUCCUCGGCACUCUUUACGUCGCUAUUUUCCUGCCCGAAACCAAGGGCAAAACGCUGCACGAAAUCGACGAAAUGUUCAGCCGCAACAAGCCUCGCUCGGAGGAACAACAACCCGAAAAAGCUGCCAUCUUCCCGAUGAAGGAUCUCGCGGCUGUUGAGGCUUGAAGCUUUUCCCCCCUUUUUCAACUCCGGGGAAGAAUCUUCGUCGCACAGCGCAUAAUUCAAAAUCACUCACUCACCCGAAUGCCAUUUUACUCAGCGCGAUGAAACUAAGCAAAUUGGUGCUCUGUAGAAUUACUUGAAGCGACGAUUGUCAAAAGUCCCCUUUGAAUCGUUGGCCGCGCCAACUUCUCGAGAGCCAAUCGACGGCCAUUUUUUAGCGGACAGCAAAUCGACCAAAAAUUACUUUUAAUUCUCAGUCUUUUGAAUAAUUGUUAAACAUUUUUUGAUCGUUUAAUAAAUAAUCGUUGUUAGAAAUACACGUUUACGUAAAAAUAAA